CUGGAGGGCAGGGCAAGGUGGGGACCAGGUAAGCCAGCCUGGUGGAGGGGGCAGGAAGUCUGAGGAAGAAGGAUAUGGUGAAGAAGGACUUCCCAUUGCCUCUCUGGAGGGUGGGUCAGCAGCUAAGCUCAAAGCGUUACCGCGUAACCGAGGAGGCCUGGGAGUUGAGCAUGCGCGAGGCAGAGACGCAGUAUCGCUGCGCGCAGCCGUCUUCUCCGUUGCUGGGGAAACAGUCUGCAUCGGUGCACCCGCUUCACCGCGGUUCCUAGGGUACCCAGGUCUGUAAUUCCCCUGAAUCUGGGAAGGAAGGCUGAGCCUCGCAUUCUUCUCAGUUGAACAGGACGCACCUGGAGGCUGCGGGGUUAGCAUGCAGAGACGAAGAGGACGAACAGAGAGGGUCAGGAGGCGAAGGCAAAGCUCUGGCUCAAGAGGAGUGAAUGAGAGCCACAGAUCAGAAUUUAUAGAGCUAAGAAAAUGGCUGAAAGAAAGGAAGUUUGAGGACACAGGCCUAGUGCCUGCCAGCUUUCCAGGAACAGGAAGAGGGCUGAUGACCAAAGCAUCGCUGCAGGAGGGCCAGGUGAUCAUCUCGCUGCCUGAGAGCUGUCUGCUCACCACGGACACUGUGAUUCGAAGCUCCGUAGGGCCGUACAUUAAGAAGUGGAAGCCGCCCGUGUCUCCUCUGCUGGCCUUGUGUACUUUUUUGGUCUCAGAAAAGCAUGCAGGCAGGCAGUCCCUCUGGAAGUCUUACCUGGACGUUUUACCCACGUCAUACACCUGCCCGGUGUGUCUGGAGCCAGACGUGGUCGAUCUUCUUCCUGGCCCUUUAAAGGCGAAGGCGGACGAGCAGAGAGCCCGAGUGCAGGGCCUGUUCGCCUCCUCUAGAGGCUUCUUCUGCACCCUGCAGCCUCUGUUUGCAGAGUCUGUGGACAGCGUUUUCAGCUACCAGGCCUUCCUGUGGGCCUGGUGUACGGUGAACACCAGAGCUGUGUACCUGAGCUCCAGGAGACAGGCGUGCCUUUCCGCAGAGCCGGACACGUGUGCACUUGCUCCGUUCCUGGAUCUACUCAAUCACAGCCCACAUGUCCAGGUCAAAGCAGCAUUCAACGAGAAAACCAGGUGCUAUGAGAUUAGAACAGCCUCGCGCUGUAGGAAGCACCAGGAGGUGUUCAUCUGCUACGGCCCCCAUGAUAACCAGCGGCUGCUCCUGGAGUAUGGCUUUGUCUCCUUCCGCAAUCCUCACGCCUGUGUUCCCGUCUCAGGAGAGAUGCUGGUCAGGCACCUCCCGCCAGCAGAUAAGCAAGUCCAGAAGAAGAUAUCCAUUUUGAAGGAUCACGGCUUUACAGGAAAUCUGACGUUUGGAUGGGAUGGGCCGUCUUGGAGCCUGCUCACGGCUCUCAAGCUGCUGUGUCUGGAAGCCGAGCGCUUCACAUCCUGGAAAAAGGUGCUCCUUGGUGAAGUAAUCUCAGAUGCAAAUGAGAAGGCGAGCUUGCUCAUGGCCCAGAAAAUAUGCUCCGCUUUUAUCGAGGAGACCCACGCUGUGCUGAGCAAGGUUUCUGACAUGAAGGAAGGGAAAGUGUCGCUGACGAGUCAACUCUCUGUGGUAGAAGCUUUGCGGAUGGAAGAGCUGAGGAUUCUUGAGGCUUCUGCUGAGAUCCUGAGCAGUUCACGGAUUACGUGAUUCCCUCCUAUGGAGGGUGUACUGGCUGCAUUUUUACUGUGGCUGGAAUAAACAGACUUUCCUAUGAAAUCA